GACUUAGAACCUGAACUACCAUCCCAAACGCCCUCACACACCACUUGAGAUGGCGGAUUCAGGAAAGGCAGGUCCCUCGAACGGGAGUGCCUCCCAAAUCCCAAAAGUAAUCCCAAGCCUAGCCAAAAAGCAGAGCGACGUGACUCGCUUAGGCACACAAAAGCUCAAAUUCGUACCUACGCUUCCCGCGCGACGCAAGAAGGAGUAAGGAUGUUAAAGCAGAAGAGCCUUCAGCGGCUUCAACGUCUACACCCACAUCUACACGAGGCCGUGGAAGAGGUGCAGACCGUGGCGGACGCGGGAGAGGGCGAGGAGGCGAAGGUCGAGGUGCGGCUCCUCGUACUCCAAUCGAGAUGACAGCCAGUGGUCCUUUCGCGAUGGGUCCUACGCUAGCAGGCCAAACCCCUUCUCGACGCGCCGCCCCACGUUCGAACUUCACACCAAUGAUCCCUCAAGCCCUCGGUGGCAUGGCGAAACUUGGUGCAGGGCUUACGGCUACUACUGCUCCUUCACUUGCAGGUGGGGUUAAACGUGAACAGGAGGAAGGUGGAUUUGGGAAGGGCAAGGCGAGGGAGGAGGAGGAGGAGGAGGAGGAGGAGGGAGAGGAAGAAGUGUAUUCGGAUGCUGAUGAGGGUGUGGAGAUUGUGGAUAUUGAGAAGAUUAGGAUUAUGGAUUGGAUGGCGCCUGAGAGUUUGAAGAGGGAGAGGGAGAUUGGGAAGAGGAAGAGGAAGAAGGUCAAGACAGAGGAAAAGGAGGUUAAGGGGAAAGGUGUUGCGAGGCCGGAUGUCAUGGAUGUGGAUCAACCCAGGGAGGAAGUAAACCUGGCUAACGCUAUCGAUUUAAGCGAGAGCGAAGAAGAAGAAGAAUUGGAGGAUAUCGUGGAGGACUUUGCACAGCCAGCCACGAUGCAGGAGGAUCUAGGCAUACGACAGGAACGACUAUAUUUUUUCCAAUUCCCAGACCCAUUCCCAACAUUCCUCCCUUCCAAAUCAGCAUCUACCUCUGUAUCAACGUCUGACGAGAAAGGCCAAAACGUCGAAGGCACCAGACCCACGGAGGGUACGAAAAAGGUAUCAUUCGCAGAAGAUACUAAGCCGCCUGCAACUGCCGGUUCUGCUAGUGCCACGCCGACAGUACCAACUGGAACUGCUGGAGGAGAUCAAGUUAAAAAGGAGGAACAGGAGGAGCAGAAAGUGGAUGGUAUGAUCGGACAAUUGGAGGUCUACCAAAGUGGUGCUGUCAAGAUGCGAAUGGGAAAUGGCAUCGUACUCGAUGUUACGGGCGCGACACAACCAUCUUUCCUGCAACAUGCGGUAUAUCUGGAUACCGAUAACAAACGACUGUGCGUUCUUGGGGAGGUCAAUAGACGGUUUGUGGUGUCACCGGACUUAGAAGCUUUGCUCUCUGGUUUGGAACUUGCGGAACAGACCCCUCCGCCGGAUAUUGAUGAUGCGGGACUUAUCACAAUGGAUACCUCAUAGCACCCGAAUACAAUUCAUAGCCGGUCCAGUUUUGAUUCUGACAACGCUUUAUUCAUCAUCUCGUCAUGCGGCGGAAGACAGAAUCCAUGGGUAUGAGUUCUCUUG